AGGUGACGACAUAUGUGAGGUGAAGAGUGAAGAAACUGGCGAAGUAGCAUUUGUUGAUUGUCAAAUUGGUGGUAUGAACGAGACGACAAUGGCGGAUCAAGAUGAGUUAUUGACGAAUAUGACCGCUGAAAAUGUUACGAUUCAUUGUUCGAAGACUGAAUUCGGUUGUUGUCCAGAUUGGGCGACGCCAUCUGAAGGAGCCGACAAUGCGGGAUGCCCAACAUUUGUUCUAGGCUCAUGCAAUGAUACGGCGUAUGGUUGUUGUCCAGAUGAGGUCACAAUGGCCAGAGGUCCGAACUACGAGGGAUGUGGUGAACCAUCAUGUGCAGCCUCGUUGUAUGGAUGUUGUAAAGAUCGUAAAACAAUCGCAUUCGGUCCUCAUUACGCAGGUUGCGAGCGAUCGUCGUUCCCAUGUGAGUUGUCCUCGUUCGGAUGUUGCCCAGAUGGCGAGACUGCAGCAUUGGGCGAGAACGGUACCGGAUGUGGUUCAGACUGUCUCGUUUCCAAACAUGGGUGCUGUCCGGAUGGUGUGACUCCAUCGAAGGGUAGCAGCAACGAAGGAUGUGGUUGUAAAUACGCCCAAUUCGGUUGUUGCCCAGAUGGCAAGAGUUCAGCGAAGGGACCGGGCUUUUACGGUUGUCCAGAAACAUGCGCUCAAAGUCAGUAUGGAUGUUGUCCGGAUGGUAAAACGGCCUCAAGAGGA